GUACUGGAGGAAUAUAUUGUGGCUUUUCGUAAUUUCAAAUUAGCUUCUUCCUGUUCCCCUUUACCGCCGGAGCAGCCCUCGGCCGCCAUUUGGAUAUUGGCUCCGACCCUAAUUCUGUUGCAUUGCUGCUGCGGUAAUAAGUUCACUCCUACAUAUUGUUUUCAUUUGUCGUCAAGAAAGAAGAAGCCAUUCAUUGGGUCGUUAAAUUUUUGUAUACCAGGUUUUCCAUUGUAGCGUUUGUUGAAAUUUCCAUCUGACAAAAGAUUGAGUGGCAUUUGGUGAUGGCGAACAGCAAGUAUGAAUACGUCAAGCGUUUCGAGGUGGAGGAUGAAGUGAUGUACCCAAAUAUAAUUGUUGUUCAAAUUGCUGGCCGCAACUUCCAUAGGUUCUCAGAGGAGCAUGGGUUUGAGAAGCCGAAUGAUGAAAAAGCCUUGAACUUGAUGAAUGCUUCUGCUACUAAGGUACUAGAGAACUUCUCUGAUGUUGUAUUUGGGUAUGGAUUCAGUGAUGAGUACAGUUUUGUGUUGAAGAAGGAAACCACAUUUUACCAGAGGCGAGCAAGCAAAAUACUCUCCAUUAUUGUAUCUUUUUUCACAUCUGCGUAUGCCACCAAAUGGAAAGAGUUCUUUCCUCUAAAGGAGUUAAAUCUCUCUCCAUCAUUCCGUUCAAGAAUUAUUUGCUGUGCAUCAAUGGAGGUUCUUCAGGCAUAUCUUGCAUGGAGGCAAUCAGAAUGUCAUUUAAACAAUCAAUACAAUACUUGUUUGUGGAAGCUUAUAUUUUCUGGAACAUCAGAAAAGGAAGCCAAAGAGAUUCUUAAGGGAACACAAAAGCAGGAGAAGAAUGAAUUGCUCUUUCGGCAGUUUGGUAUAAAUUACAAAGACCUUCCACAGAUUCUUCGUCAAGGGUCAUGUGCUGUCAAGAUAAAGGUGGAGGAUAUCGUAAAAUACCGGGAAAAUGGUGCUCCUGUUAAAAGACCAAGGAAAAAGGCGGUCAUAGUUCACUCAGAAAAUAUAGCAACAAAAGGCUUCUGGAAUAAUUACUCAUGCCUAACUGAGGAACUUGGUUCUCUUGGAGAAGGCAUCAACAAGAUCAAACCGGAGUUUUUGAGGUCCUUCAAAUUUCAAAGCAAGUUGAUGUUAUCUACUUGGAUUGUGAUCCGUGUAGAUGGUUGUCAUUUCCACAGGUUUUGUGAAGAUAAUGGUUUUCAGAAGCCAAAUGAUGAGCAGGCCCUUAAACUUAUGAACUCAUGUGCAAUUUCUUUGGUGGAGAUGUGUAAGGAUAUAAUCUUUGCAUAUGGGGUGAGCGACGAAUUCAGUUUUGUUCUCAAGAAAGAUUCUCUUUUGUAUCAAAGACAUUCAAGCGAAAUUAUAUCUGCCAUUGUAUCUCUUUUCUCUUCCAUGUAUGUGAUGAAAUGGAAAGAAUUUUUCCCUGAGAAUGACUUUAAGGAGCCACCUUACUUUGAUGGUCGAUCUGUUUGCUACCCGUCCUCUAAGAUUCUUCGAGACUAUCUAGCGUGGAGACAAGUUGAUUGUCACAUAAACAAUCAGUAUAAUACUUGCUUCUGGAUGCUUGUUAAGUCUGGAAAGAGCAGAACUGAAGCUCAGAGCUGCCUAAAGGGCACUCAAGCUCAAGAAAAAAAUGAAUUGCUUGCCCAGUUUGGCAUUGAUUAUGAUGCGCUACCGAUCAUGUUUCGGAUGGGUUCCUCUGUUUUCCGAGACAAGGAGGAACUAAGUGGAACUGAUAUUGGACGUGACAAAGUUGUGGUUGAACACUGUAAUAUAAUUGAGGAGAGUUUUUGGAAAGAACAUCCAAGAAUACUUGGUGAGGAGGCAGAAGAAAAGCAUGUCAUUCCACUGCUUUAGUUGUCUUGCAGCUGUUAUAAAGGGCCUUUCAGUAUUCACUAUCUCGGAGAAGUAGUUCCAACAAAGUCAAAAGUCAUUUUCUUUCUUUAUCUUCUUUACAAUACAUGAAGAGCAAACUAGGACAAAAAACAAGAUUGGGAGUUUCAAAGCCUCUGUUUAUGUUUCUCUGUCACGGGGUAUAUUACUUGUAGUACAACAUAAACAAGUUUUCCUUUCAAAAGAAUAUAUCAGUUUGCUUC